AUGUCUUUCUCCACACAAACAAAGGCUUGUUGCAGCAGGCCCCCUGUCAUCCUUCGCGGUGGCUACGAUUACAACGAAAGAGGAGAAUAUACAGAUUUUAAUGGCAUGAAAACAUAUGUCACUGGCAACCCUGACGCUACAAGGGGCAUCUUCCUCUGCUACGACGUGUUCGGGCUGUUCAUUCAAGCCAUCAAAGGCGCUGAUAUUCUUGCCUGGGGCAGUACAGAGACGCCAGACAGCGCUGGGGAUUACAAAGUUUUCAUGCCAGACUUUUGGGGUGACCAUCCACAGGAUCUCACCAUCUUCCCACCGAAAACUCCUCAGCAGAGGCAGGCCGUCAUGGCGUUCAUGACAGGCCCUGCUAAUCCACAGACCGUCCUGCCAUCCAUGGAGCCUCUUCACGCGGCGUUCCAGAAGCACAGCCCUGGAAUUACAACCUGGUCGAUCGUAGGCUUCUGCUGGGGCGUGAAAAUGGCGGCUCUAAUGACCACCGCGGGCACAAAAUACAAAGCUGCUGCGGGAUGCCACCCGAGCCUCAUGGACGUCCAAGACGCGAAGCAGGUCACUGUUCCUUUCUGUGUGCUGCCAAGUCAGGACGAAAACCCGCAAUUGGUAGAUGCCUGGUUCCACGAAAUCAAGGCCAAAAACCCGGAUAGCUAUUUGGAAACGUUUGGAGACCAAGUACAUGGCUGGAUGACGUCAAGGCAUGUGGCCGACUUUAAUGUCUUACACUCGUACGAGGAAUAUCUGAGGGGCUAUCGUAUCAUGAGGACCUUCCUUUCUGCUCACAUGUAA